UUUGAGUCUUUAAGGGAAGGCAAGUCAGAUCAGUCUAUCAGUAUUGAGGUGGAGCCAGAGAACUCAAAAACCUGCAAAAUAUAAGCGCGGCUCAUUUCGAACAACAGAGAUCUAUCUACAUUGUGAACAAUCGUUACAUUUUGGAGACACUUAAUAGAAACGCGUGACCUGCUAACCUUUCAACAUGGAUAACUGUUGCUCCAGUAUCAUCAAAUACCUCCUCUUCAUUGCUAACUUCUUAGUAUUCGUGGUAGGCAUUGUGGUUUUGGCCUUUUCCGUCAUCGCCUACCUCGAUGGCGGGCUACUCAAUGACCUCUUCAGCGACUUGGAUAACAACGAUGUCGUGGUCUCGGUGUUCUCCACUGCUUCCAUCCUUCUCAUGACCAUUAGUGUAAUCGUGAUCCUGGCCAGUUUCUUCGGAUGCUGCGGCGCCAUCAAGGAAAGCAAAUGCCUUCUGACCAUUUAUAUGGUGAUUUUGGUGGUGGCGGUGGGAGCAGUUAUUGCCGGAGCUGUCCUUGGAUACGACCAAGACGCCAACAUCAUUGAAAAUGGUCUGACCGAAUCCCUGACCAAAUACCAGCCUGAUGGUGAAAGCAAUACCGAAACAUCUUGGGAUUCGAUGCAGAAAACCUACGAAUGCUGCGGAGUGAGUAACUACACGAACUGGGUGGACCCGGGCAACUUUCCUGUUAACGACUUCAAAGUCCCGGCCAGUUGUUGUCAGGAUCGAGGCUUUGAAAAUGUGGAUGAUUGUCGGAGGAACCCUGGUAGUCAGGAAUGGGCGGACAAGCUGACUGGUUGCUACGGCAAACUUGAGACCCUGAUCAGUAACAACCAAGAAUUCAUCUUGUGGGGAUGCAUUGGUAUUCUCGUUGUCAUGAUUUUGAACUUGGCGGCUGCCUUUGUCACGUGUUGCAAUGUCUAAAUACCCAUUUUGAUGGAAGAAAUAAUCAUACUUAUCUGAAAUAAAUGAACUCGUACUCAAUCA